AUGCAAGGCGCCGUCAUCACCGCCCCAGCCUGGUUUUCCGAUGCGCGCUCGAAAAGCUGCUUCGGAUGCAGGCGUCAAUAUCCUGCAGCUGUUAGCGGAGCGGGAGCUGUGGCAGCCACGUCGACCACAAUUGUUCGGACGUGUCCGUCUACCAAUAUCCAAAACAAACGAGCGGGAGCCAAGCUCCGACUAGCCAUCGAGCGCACAAAGCGGACCAUGAGUGCCUCCCCUAGAGCUGCAACGUGCUCCGUUGAAUUGCUCAAAGAUGGUCUGGACUACACCGGGUCCAUCAACCGCAUGCGCUUCGACAUGGUUGCCAGCACUGUCUACACAACCUUCGCAGAUUCUAUUGUCACUCUGUUCACCCCAGCCGCCGUCGACGCCUACGGAGUUGACGAAAUCGUCUAG